AUGUUGUGGUGCAAAGACACGUUUGAGCGUCAUUUUGAACGCAACGAAUGCCGACUCUUCCCGGUACAGCAGCAACUCUUUGAUUUCGUCGACGACGCAGCGGCGAAACAAGGCGAGAACACGUGGCUGUGCUUUUGCAUUGAGUUUCCCUCCGUGAGCGAGGUCUCUCGGCUGCUCUCUCGCCACACCGCCAGCGACCGUGCGCGGGCACUGUUUCAAUCCAAGCAAAUUGCUGCGGCGGCACAAGGCGGCGCCGUUGAGCUGCGGAAACGUCCACGCGAGGAUUUUGCGCUCUUGUACGGCGAGACUCCCCUCUCGCAGCAGAGCCGCAUGUUUCUUGCGGCAACACUCACCGGUCUCCGUUCUGUUCUCGCCACGAUAGAUGCUCGCCAGCUUCACCUGUACGAGAUUAUUCGGGAAGGCUCACCUUGCCAUUUAUACUUCGACGUCGAGAGAGACGGCGAUUACGUCGCUCUCCGCACGGCCAUCUGCGUUGACGACGACUCCAACUCCUCCUCUGUCGUUGCCGGCGACGACUCUUUUGUGUGCGUCGAGGAAGCUGCAGAUGGGAAGAGGCACACGUCGUUUCAAUGCAGCGUUUUGCGCUACCAGCAGCUAUGGCAUCGCGCGGCAGGUGCGCCGCCUGACGUGUGCGGUCUGAACUGCGCUGUCGAGCCCGAUAAUGCGCACACCUGCGAUGUUCUCUUGCGUGAGUUAGAGGCUUUUGUCCGCGAUCGAUUUCCGUCGCUAAUCGACCCACAGGAAGACGAGGGCGAGAGCUGUGCGUUCGAGGAGGUGUGGGUACUCGAGUCGGUACCGCUGUUUGGCGUGGCCACGAAGUUUUCGCAGCAUUACGUCAUCAAGUUCAAAAACACCGUAUUUGACUCAACGAACUCUGUGAAGUUGUUUGUGCGCCAGCUCGUCGCCUACCUCAGUGAUCGAGCAACUCGCGAGAGCAGCAUCCACCGCAGUCUGUUUUUUCACGGCUCCCCUGCGUGGUACGCGGUGUUCCACGAACUGGCACCCGAUUACCCACGUAACACACUGCCAUACCUGCCGCGUAAGUGUGUGGUGGACGAAGCCGUGUACUCCAAAAACCGGAUGAUGCGUUGCUUGGGCAGCUGCAAGCUGGGCAAGUCCAGCGUUCUGCGCGUGCACCGGCACUACCUUCGCGCUCGACGCCAGCACCUGAUGCCCGACUCCGAGUCCGCCCCGCCAUCGCUGGAUGUUUUUCUCGCAACGAUGAUUUCGCACCGGCCCUCCUCAGGGACGGCAAUUCGUGCAUUUCAUGUCGACGGCCAAUCGGAUGACUGCCGUGGAGGUGGUGGACGCAAUGCCUGGCCGAGCUGCGCAGGCGCAGCAAAGACAGUGGAUGCGUCACGGUGGGAAGCGACCCGUCCGGCGGAGGACGAGACGCUGAGCCGGCUUUCAAUCCUGCUGCAGCGGGCGUAUACAAAGAUUGCACACUGCGAAUGCGCCGUUUUACGCCCGCGCAGACUACACGACCGUUUUUUGACUUUUCAGGUGCAUGGGACGCGGUACUGUCAGCACGUGGGGCGAGAGCAUAAAUCGAACAACGUGUACCUCGUAGUGGAUCUCGCGAAGCGGACCUUUGUGCAGAAGUGCUUCGACCCCGAUUGCGUGUCCUACCGGUCACCACCCUUCCUGCUCGAUACGGCGCUACCCCCCGAAACGUAA